AUGCAUAAUAAACUAGUGUCGGUUAUUAGGAACUAUAACUAUGGCCCGGCCGGCAAGGCCUUAGGGUUUGAUGGACUGGCAAAUCCUCGAGUGGUAGCAAACGAUUCCAUAGUUGCUUUCAAAACUGCCUUGUGGUUUUGUAUGACUGAGCAAAAGCCUAAGCCCUCUUGCCACGAUGUCAUGACUGGAAGAUAUGUCCCCACAGAAGAUGACAUGGCAGCUAAUCGGACUGUUGGGUAUGGGCUGGUCACUAACAUAAUCAACGGCGGAGAGUGCGGAAGAUCCAACGACGGAAAAGUGAACGGUCGAAUUGGUUAUUUCAAAAGAUAUGCUGAGUUGUUUAACGUUGAUCCCGGACCUAACUUAGAUUGUGAAAAUCAAAAAUCUUUUUAA